UUCUUCUGAGUGCUUCUCAGCUUUUGAUCUCUCCAGCACUAUGAAAAUUUUCCCAAGUACUUGUCUUCUCUUGGCCAUCCUUUCUCCAGGGCUAGCUCUAAUGUGUUCCAGAGGGCAACAUGAUUAUUCUCCAGGAAAGAAGAUUUUGCUUUUGACUUGUUCUACUCAAGGCGGCUCUUGCUAUACUCAAUAUACUGCAAGCACACUAGAUGUACCUGUUCCUUCCAAUUCUCUUAAAGAUGGCUCUCCAAAGAGGCUAAAGAAAUGGGGAUGUGCUAAAAAUUGCACCAAUGAGAAUUACAGCUUCACUACAGUAGAAGGUAGAUACUUCCAGACUAACAAGAAGUGUUGUGGUUCACCAAUGUGCAACACCAAAGAUACUGAAACAGCACCAUCUCGAAAAUUUAAUGGGCAGGAGUGUCCAAUCUAUUGUAAUCCUGGCUCAGAAGAUUGUGAGGGCCCAAAGACAAUCAGAUGUUCCAAUGCUGAGAAUCGAUGCAUAGAAUUUGUUGUUGUUCACAAUAAAAGUGCAGUUCCUGAUAAGUUUGUCAGAGUCUGCGGAACACCAUCUUUUUGUCAGUUGGCCAAGACGUCAAUGUAUAGUCGUAUCUUUUCAGGAACUAUAACCCAAGCACGAUGCUGUGACUCUAUGCCUUCCUCCCAGCAGCUCAAUUUUGAAGGAUAGUUAGGAGAGAGCUUUGUCUUCUUCCUUUUGGAUCCCAUUGUUUGUCGCAGCAGUGGAGGUGGAGACGCUUGCUGGGUGGUGGGAGUGCUGAGUGAUUGCAGUUCACAGGUUCCUGAGUCCUCUGUUUGGCUUUUAAUGGAGGGUGAAUGGGUGUAGGGGAAAGAGCAGCUAAAGUAGAAAUAGUAAUAAUAAUCUUGAAAAAGAUUAUUAAAAAAAA